AUGGAAGGCAAGGUCUCUUUGCGAUUCGCUUUGGCAGUUUUUUACUACUCAUUUCUUGUCGGAGUUCAUCAAGUUCGAACAGAUUCUCGCUUCCUCGGCUGUUUCUACGACAACAUCCCAAACCGGGUUCUUCCAAACCUGACCUCUUGCAAUGACGUCAUGGGUUUAUGCAACAACGUCUGCAACGUCAACGCCCCUUACUGCCAGAGCUCUACGAACAUGUCCGUCACGACAUGUCUGGGCCUGUGUGCCCGCAAAGACUUCGUUUACGCGGGGGUCCAAGCCGGUAUACAGUGCUUCUGCGGCAGUCGUACGGCUAGGUACGACUUACACGGGGAGGUAGACAACGAAGACUUGUACUUUUGCAGGUCUAACUGCAGCGGAGACAGCACGCAGAACUGCGGAAGCGACUUUCGGAUGCGAAUCUUUGAAAUUGGUUGUUUGCCCAUUGAUGCUCCCCCAAACUCGACGUUAUCGCCGGCCAACGAAACCUUCUUUGAGACCGGUCGGACCUUGAAUAUCUCCUGCCAAGACGGUUUCUUCCUAACCGGUCUAGGCAACUUGACGUGCCUCCCAGCUGGACAAUGGAAUCUCCCGCCGCCAUCUUGCCUACCGUACGUCUGCGAUGCACCCGAGCCGCCGAAUGGCACUCGACCUGCCGAACGGCCUUCGAACGGCACUCGGGAAAGUUCGGAGUAUCGUGGAGGGGAUACACUGGCUUUUGUGUGCAUUGACACGAAAGUCACAAUCAACAUCAGCUGUGUAGAGGGCGAGUGGCAAACUGACGGAAUAUGCCCAGAAAUUCAGCUAACCACAGAAUUUCAGCUAACCGAUGAGUCCACGAAAGUAAUGACGUCCAUGGUAGCAAAGACAUCUGCAGUACACCCUACUUCGGAUGUGACUGGUCCAUGGAAAACCACCAUGAAGAGUACCUCGGCUUCUUUGCUCAAGACUGUGCCAAGCGACGUCGUUCCAUACAACAUCGCCACUUUUGUUGUGAUCAGUGUGUUAAGCACACUGUUGACCAUUCUAGUUGCUGCAAUCGUCAUCUACGCCGUGAGGGGACGGAACAAACCGCCACCGACACCACGAAGUAACACUCUACCGUGUUAAACCAUUU